AUGUCAAGCCUUAGUAACCAUCCAGUGAUUGAUGAAGGUGAUUAUUAUACUGAUGUAAAUGGUUAUCAAGUUCCUCAAAAUAUUCGUCAUCGUUUUCGUUCAAUAAUAACUGAUGAACUUUUAUCGGAUAAAGAUAAAGUUGAACGUGAUAAAAAUGAAUUUGAAUAUGUAAAUGUUAAACAAAAUACUUCAAUUUAUCAUCGACCUCAAACAACUUUUUUAUCAUCAAAUCCUGAUUAUACUAAAAUAAGUAAUGAUUUACGAUGUACUGUUGCUCAUGGUCAUCCUGUACAACGUCAUAGUCAUUCAAAAACUGUUCAUAGUGACGACAUAUUUAAAAAUCAUCAAGAUGAUAAACAAUCUAGUUUAUAUCGUCGAAAAAAAGAUUGGCUUGCUCGUUGGACAGAAGCAAAUAUAAUACGCGAUAAUCUAUAUAAAAGUAUUCUUGAAGCUCAAAAGAAAACGACGCAAUAG